AUGGCAGUGGGUAUGCUUGAUCUAUCAAGACAAGGCCACCACUGUGGUUCACAAGUCAGUCGUUGCCCAAACGUGGACAGACAUAAGCAUUCUCAGGGUAAGAAUCUUUUGGAAGAUUACUUUAUCCCAAAUUCUGUGUACUCUAAUGUUGAUUUUCGAUGGCCAUAUAGAAUGCAACCUCAUUUGUUCAAUAAAGUCAUGCAUGAUGUUUGCAAUUACGAUGCAUACUUUGUUCAGAAGUGUGAUGCUGCUGGGGUUUUGGGGCUUCCUCUGGAGCAAAAGCUUACAACUAUUAUACGAAUGCUGGCGUAUGGUGCAUCUGCUGAUCAUGUGGAUGAGAUUGCUAGGAUGAGGAAGUCCACUACUCUAGAGUGCUUGGUCAGAUUCUGUGAUGCAAUCGAAACUCUUUAUACCAGGGAUUACCUCCGCAAACCUACGCCUAGGGACCUCCAAAGGCUUCUACAAAAAGCCAAAGCUCAAGGUUUUCCAGGCAUGAUUGGAAGAAUCGACUGUAUGCACUGGCAAUGGAAGAAUUGCCAAACUACCUGGCAAGGAGAUUAUAGGAAUAGGAAAGUGCAAAAAAGUAUCAUUCUCGAAGCCGUUGCUGGAUUCGAUACAUGGGUUUGA